AAGAAUAAUUUUACAAAAAAGAAAAAAAUUGUGCACGAAAAUAAACAUCCUCCUAUUCCUGGCUUGGCUUUAGCAUUAUUAUGAUUAUUUUUUGUUAAAAUUGGUGGUGUGGACAUAAGUCACAUUUGUCCGCCUUAUCCUUUACGAGCACCCGCCCAAUCUGAGACUCUCUCUCUCUCUGAAACAUACUUACCAAUGUCCAUAUACCAUUUUGGAUGGACUAAGCUGCCACCUACUCCCCCCUCCCCUCUUCCUCGUUCGAAUUGCACCCAUUUAGUCCACACUACUCCCAGAACUUCCCCUACCAUUGGAGCUCUGAAACUCUGCCCCAGGCAGAGGCAGGUUCCCACCACUCGCUGCCGGGCGCGGCGUAGAGCCCGAUCCGGUUAUCGAGACGAGGAGGAGGAGGAGGAGGAAGAAUACGGGCACAAUGCAGAGAUAGCAAUGCUGGAAUUGUACACUCAAUCUGCAAAGGAUGAGGCACUUGUUGUGAGAGCAAUGGUGGAUGAGGAGGAAGAAGCUGAGGUUCUCAUCUUUAAGGGAUUUUCGUCAUGCUUGAGCUAUGGCACUUCUCCAGACCCAUCAAAAAGUGUUGUUCCAGCAAGAGCAGUGAUAAAGUCCAUUGACAGAAUUAAGGGGCCUUUUGACCCUUCCAAUAUCCAAUACAUUGAAGAAGGAUUGAGUUGGGAAACUUUCAAAAUCCGCCUCCAAUCCGUUUAGUGUUCCAUUCCAUUGGUAUUGUUGUGAUGUUUUUAUCGAUAUUACCUUUUGUUUCA